GAUAGUGUCAUCGCCAACUUGCCACCUCUACUAUUAACGCAUAUUUUUUGCAUUUACAACUCUUUAUUAGUUAUUUUUUUAUAUUACUGCCGUCAAAAUGUUUAAAAAAUUUGAAGAGAAAGAAAGUGUAUCGUCCGUUCAACAAUUGAAGUCAUCUGUGCAAAAAGGAAUACGUGCAAAAUUGUUGGAAACCUAUCCCUUGUUGGAGACUCACAUUGAUGCAAUUUUACCCAAAAAGGAUACAUACCGCAUAGCAAAAUGUCAUGACCACAUCGAAUUACUUUUGAAUGGUGCCGGUGAACAGGUAUUUUUCCGUCAUCGUGAUGGCCAAUGGAUGCCAACACUGAAAUUAUUGCACAAAUUCCCCUUCUUCGUAAACAUGCAGCAGGUGGAUAAAGGUGCCAUACGUUUUGUUCUUAGCGGUGCUAAUAUUAUGUGUCCUGGUUUAACCUCACCCGGAGCCAUGAUGACACCGGCCGAAAAGAAUACCAUUGUUGCCAUUAUGGCCGAGGGUAAAGAGCAUGCUUUAGCUAUUGGUAUUACAACAUUGUCUACGGAGGAUAUUGCUAAAAUCAACAAAGGUAUUGGUGUGGAAAAUUGCCAUUAUUUGAAUGAUGGUUUGUGGAAAAUGAAGCAUAUUAAGUAAAUUCGACUAGUCCUAUUGUAGCAAACAAUCUCUUUAUUAAGAAUAUUAACUGCAUUUUAUAUGUACAAAUAAAAUAAAAAAAAAAUAUAUUAUGAUGUCACAUUCAGAUUAUGUAUAAACUGCAAUAUAA